UGACAUUCAUUGACUUUCGUUGGCAAGUUGUCAGGCCGGAGAUUUUAGACUUUGAGAGCAAAGAUAGACUUUGAAUUAAAAGGGGAGAGAGGGGAGACGGCGAUAAACUUAUCCAUCAUUAGGUUAUGAAAUGAUCAAAACAAACUGCUCUAUGAUUCUGAAUGUAAUAUCUUAACACUUAAUGGUGAAAUAUAUAAAAAAAUGGUCUUAACAUGUAGCUUGCGAACUUUUUCCAAAAUAUUAUCAACAAAAUAUUGCAAAGUGCGACAUCUUCAUUACAUUCAAGGCCAAGAACCAGAACCAAAAAUAAGAGAAUAUUUUUAUUUUAUUGAUCAUCAAGGGAUGUUGUUUUUAGAUGAUUCUAAAAUGAAAAACUUCACAUCAUGCUUCAAGGAAAAGAAGUUCUUACAGUUCUUUUUCAAGAGAAUUCGACUCAAUAACACUGGAAGAUAUCAAGAAGACUUUCCUUUCAUCUCUUUGUGUGGACGGGAGAGGAAUUUUAUACGCUGUGAUGAUGUCCCUAUAGUUUAUACUCACGUUGUUAAUAUUGAUGAUACAGAUUUUUUAUGUUAUGGUUAUGCAGGUGACCUAAUGAAAUCAAAAUUUCAGCCUGAUAAAAUUUAUAUGCUACCGAGUACAGGCAGAGUUUACCACCCCACUGACGAAAAGUAUGGUGGUGUAGGAUUAGUGAAGUCCAAGUUAGCAAUAGAAUUUAGUAAGUAUUUUCAGUUCAAUAAUAAUGAAACAAAUGCACCAACACACUUUACAUGGCGAAACAACACAUAUGAGCUAGAUCAGGAUUGGUUUCAGGAGCAAGUAACAAAACAUAAAUUAUCUAUAAGGUCUGAAUCAGACUAAUUGAAACAGGAAAUGAAAUUCUUGUGUAAGGUUUUCUAGAUCAUUAAAUAAAACUACCACAUUAUGAACAACAUUAUUUAUUUGGUGGUUUUAACAAUAAAUUAGUGAACAAUAUAUGUAUCAUCAUUAUCACAGGAUAUAAUUUAUGGCGAAUUAAAAUGAACUUUUGUGAUUGUGUACAUACCCUUAUAAUUAUUUAGAUAGUAUGUUUAAAUAUAUUCUGAUUAUAAAAUAA